UGCACCUAUAACAUAAUACCGAAGCAGAAGAAGAACCUCAAUCUCCACUAUUUUUCCUGCCUGGUUUUACCUGUGGGAUGCUCAAACUGAACUCAAGCGGCACAUACACUGCUCUCGUCAUCGCCUGCCGCCAUAUUGGAUAAACUACCAGUGGACGAUGAGUGGAAAAAAAUAAAAUAUUGUUUCUAUUUCGCUACAUUGGUUGUAGUAUAGUUGUUAAUACCAGUGCUAAAACACUCGUCCGUAGCUGUAUGUGUCGUACAAAUUAAAGUGGUUUAAAAAAUAUCGGCCAGUGAGGAGUCCGAGGCGAGGGGUUUCGUCUUUUCACGUUGUUAGGACUUGUAAAUAUGACUUCCCUGACACAGCGGAGCUCCGGCCUAGUGCAGAGGCGGACCGAGGCCUCUCGUAGCUCUGGCGCCGACAAGGACGGAGGGUCCGGGGAUGAGGACUUCGAGCCCCGCCGCGGAGAAGAGCAGGAGGAGGAGGACAAGGGAGACUCCAAAGAAACUCGACUCACUUUGAUGGAAGAAGUGUUACUGUUGGGAUUGAAGGACCGCGAGGGCUAUACGUCCUUCUGGAACGACUGCAUCUCGUCAGGGCUGCGUGGCUGCAUGCUGAUAGAGCUGGCCAUCAGAGGACGCCUACACCUGGAGGCCUGUGGCAUGAGGAGGAAAAGCCUGCUCGCCAGGAAGGUGAUCUGUAAGUCAGAUGCUCCGACGGGAGACGUGCUAUUGGACGAGGCUCUGAAACACGUAAAGGACACCCAGCCCCCAGAGACGGUGCAGAGCUGGAUUGAGCUGCUCAGCGGUGAGCGGACGUGGAACCCUCUGAAACUGCACUUCCAGCUAAGGAACGUGAGGGAGCGCCUGGCCAAGAACCUAGUGGAAAAAGGGCGGCUGACCACGGAGAAACAGAACUUCCUUCUUGACAUGACCACGCACCCUCUCACCAACAACAACAUCAAACAACGCCUCAUCAAGAGGGUUUAGGAGGCCAUGUUGGAGAAAUGGGUCAACGAUCCGCACCAAAUGGACAAGCGGAUGCUGGACCUCAUCUUCCUGGCCCACUCGUCUGAUGUCCUGGAGAAUGCCUGCCCCCUGCUGGACGACCAGUAUGACCUGGCCAUGAAGAGAGUACGGCAGCUACUGGACCUGGAGCCAGAGGGGAGAGCUGAAGACCACGCCAAUGAGUUGCUGUGGGCGGUGGUGGCUGCCUUCACCAAGUGA